AUGGAUUUUGGACACAAACACACGUGGAAUCAAUUGACACACAUUUACCACACUUUCACACAUGAUAUCAAGUCAUUCAANACGUGGAAUCAAUUGACACACAUUUACCACACUUUCACACAUGAUAUCAAGUCAUUCAACACAUCACUCGAUGCACAUCCAGUGCCCGAAGACAUCACUUCCAGAGAUGACAACAAACACAGUGUCCGACAACUCAUCCAAUCAUUGGACACAAGAAGUGAACCAAAGAAGAGAUUAAAUGGCAAUAAAGCGAAGACAACAACAAAAGGGAGACAUAAAAAGCAAAAGAAGACAAAAAGCGAUGAAUCGGAGGAUAAUUCUGACCACAAAUGGGAACAGACUUUAAGUGAUGAAGAAAUGGAUGACAAAAGCGUUCAUAAAAAGAGAAAAUACGUAAAGAAAAGCGAAAGAAGUGGUGAAAGUGUUUUGACACAAAACGAGUCGAUGAUUGGCCUAAAACGGAAGCGCUUCCGACCGAAGCAAUACGUGUGCGACUACUCUGACUGCGACCGUCGGUUCUGCGAGAGAGUGCAACUCAUGGCUCACAUACGGCUCAAACACACUCUGGAGCGGCCGUUCGGGUGCGACAGUUGUGGCAAACGGUUCACAACACUUCCCUACUUGAAAAUGCAUCAAUACAUCCACACGUCGUCCAAGAGGUUUAAAUGCGACCAAAAUGGCUGCCACUUCGAGACACUCACGCGAAGCACACUUAAUAUACACAAAAUGAGACACACAAUGAAAGCGCCGCCCUUUCCCUGCGAUAUCGCCGGUUGUGAUAAAGCCUAUUAUACGGCGCCGAACCUACGGAUCCAUCAGCUGUCGAAAGCACACAAUCCCGACGCCAAACCCCGCAAAGUGGUCAACAAAUUCCGGUGCGAAUGGACGGGUUGUGCGAAGGCUUUCCAGACAAGGGGUUUCCUGACCGCUCACGUCCGUCAG